GCCGCACCGCAUGAAGUCGAACACACCUACAGUCUCGGUGCGGCGUCCGCUGAAUGAAGUCAGGUUGUCUGGAGACCGCAAUGGCUAUGGGUCUUACGUCGAAAAAAUCCUCUUCUAGAAACAUCGCCGUCGAGCGCAAAAAUCUCAUCACCGUUUGCAGGUUUUCAGUGAAAACUUUGUUGGAGAAGUACACUGCCGAGCCCAUUGAUGACUCCUCGGAGGAGUUUAUUAACUUUGCUGCAAUUUUGGAGCACAUCCUCAGCCACCGUUUCAAAGGUCCAGGUGGUUGGUUCAGUUCAGAUGGCCAGAGGAGCUUUUGGGACUAUAUUCGUCUGGCCUGCAUUAAAGUUCACAACAAUUGCAUCAGUAGCAUUGAGAACAUAGAGAACAUAAGCACAUCACGAGCGAAGGGACGAGCCUGGAUUCGUGUGGCUUUGAUGGAAAAGCGUUUGUCUGAAUAUGUCGCCACAGCUUUAAGAGACACUCGAACCACUAGGAGAUUUUAUGAUGAUGGUGCUGUAAUGCUAAGAGAGGAGGCGACUGUUCUGACUGGGAUGCUUAUUGGUCUUAGUGCUAUUGACUUCAGUUUUUGUCUAAAAGGAGAGAUUUUAGAUGGAAAAACACCUGCAGUGAUCGACUACACACCUUACCUAAAGUUCACCCAGAAUUAUGACUACAUGAGCGAUGAAGAGGACCGCCGCAGUGUGGACAGCAGUGCCAGUGAUGAGAGCGUGGCCGAGCAUCCUUACAUUCCCCUGGUAACAGAUGAAGAGACCUGGAGUAACAAAUGCAGAAAGAUGGAGCAGAGAUUCAAGAUCGUCUAUGCCCAAAAGGGUUAUUUAGAGGAACUGGUGCGCUUAAGGGAGUCCCAGCUGAAAAAUGUUGAAACUGAGAACAAGAGGCUUGAUGCUAAACUAGAGGAAUUGCAAAACCAGAGCCAACAAGAGAAGAAGGAACUCGAGGACAUCAUACUGGAGCUGCAAGCACAACUCACUGGCAUCAUUCCUUGUGAAUCGUCUCAUUUGGUUAAAGGCCUUUCUAUUCCACUCAUCAACCAAUGUAGAAUUUCACAAGCUCCCAACAACCGAGGAAACGUAAAGCUGUUCCGCCGGAGAAGCUUUCACAGUUUGGACUUCUCGGCUGAUGUAAGUUUGAACUCUGAUUCUCAAAAGGAAGAUGGCAAUCAGAAUGGAGACACAGCCUGGUCAGCAGCUAAAGACAACACACCCUCUAUGUUGGGACUGUGUGGUUCUUUGGCCUCUCUGCCCAGCUGUAAGUCUCUGGCAAGUCUCAAAUCCAAUGAGUAUUUGGUCAACAUCAGCACAGAGCCAAGUCCUGCCCUCUCCCCCAGCUAG